AUUUUGGUUUGGGUCAGUGCAAACAAACACAAAGCCCUAAAAGCCUAACCUCACUCUUCUUAGCGUUGCUAAGAGACAAAGAGAGAGAAAAAUGGCAACAAGCGAAGAAGUUGUUGCGGCGGCUCCGGCGCCGGAGGCAGGGCUGAAGCACAAGCUGGAGCGAAAAUGGACGUUUUGGUGCGACAAUCAAUCCAAACCUAAACAGGGCGCUGCUUGGGGAACCUCUCUGCGCAAGGUCUACACUUUCGACACUGUAGAAGAGUUCUGGUGUUUGUAUGAUCAGAUAUUUAAGCCCAAGGAUUUGCAAAACAACGCCGAUUUUCACUUGUUCAAGACUGGUAUUGAACCUAAGUGGGAAGAUCCUGAGUGUGCCAAUGGAGGAAAGUGGACUGUCACCAGCAACAUUGGCAGGAAGGAUAACCUUGAGAAGAUGUGGCUUGAAACUCUGAUGGCGUUGAUUGGGGAGCAAUUUGAGGAUGCUGAGGACAUAUGCGGUGUGGUUGCUAGCGUGCGCCAAUGGCAAGACAAACUUUCACUGUGGACAAAGACAGCGGCAAAUGAGGCUGCCCAGGGUUAACAGAGAUUCUAAAGGAUCACCCCAUCAAGAUUAGUUGAACCUUCUCAAUUGGGGUAGUCUUGAAUCCUUCCCAACUUUGAUUUGAACUGUAAGUUUCUCACCAUUGAGACCAUGGCAACACAUCUCCUUUGAGAGUCACCAUCAUUGCCUGUCUUUUCCUGCUCCACUAAAUCCAAAAUAGCACUCAAAUUUCACUAUGCAUCCUAAAACAUCCUCCACUUAAAGAUGGGUAUUUCAAGCUUCGUCCAGUUGAUCCCUUUCACUGGUUCAGGUUGCGUGCUUGCAUAUUUGCCUUGGACUUCCCUCCAUCAUCUACCUUCAUGUUAGCCUCCCGUUAGGGUCUUCUGUUAUUGAACCUUUUCUAGGCAUUGCAGACACCAACGUGUCCCCACCUAUUGCAGACAUAUCGAUGCAUGAAUCUGACUGACUGAAUCUUGCUUCUGAUCGUGUCUCUAGUCCUUCUUGCAACUGACUCCGGAUCUUCACCACCCUCUCCAAAGCCUCCAGCUCUCCUCCAUUCAGGAUUGUAUGCCUGGAGCUUUUCUUGACCCACUCUUUACAAACCUUUGUCUUUUAUAUUUAUAUAUUUGGACUACAAGCAAUCUGCCCGAGUCAGAAACUAACUAUCUAGCUAACCUCAUCAAGUUAUUUACGUAAUUGUAUCUUUUUUGUGCUUUAUCAAACUUGAGAUUAAAACAGAUAAAUAUAUUUCUGGAGGACUUACGAGAUUCUUCUCACAAUCUUCUAUUUAUAAUGAAAAACUGAUACUAAAAGUUCAUUGAAGAUUAAGGGACUGUACUAGACAUCUAGGUGAAGAACUAGGUAUGACUAUAGGUUACAACUAAUAAAUUGUCUAGCACAUUACACCCUACUUAGGCUUAAUGAUGAUACAUAAAUGUAAUUAUUCGAACAAUCAAGAUACCCAUUUUUUGUUGAAUGUUUUAUAUAAUGUUGUGACAUUGUAUAAAAUACUCUACAAAAAAAUAAACCUAAAUUUGACUUUAUGGUUUUAGAGGAAUAAACGAGAUCCAUGGCCAGUGAUCUAUAAUUUUUAGGAAGGUUAGCUACUAAAAUGGAAAUAUUGCUAAUAGAUACUAAUAGAUGGUGUGCUUGAUAUGAGCGAAAUAUUGCUGGAAAUGAUCGACUGUAAAUUCUUGCUUAUCUUUCUACUUCAACUGGGAUCUACAAUUUAUACUGAAUGGCAAAGUCUGGAAUGUGUAAAUGUAUCAGUCUAAGAUCCAGAAUUGUAAUUUGCUAUUCUAAGCAAGUGCAAAUUCCUUGCCAAAAUGUCAUGUUCAUUUAUAUUUUUUUGACUCAUCCAAUACUCAGCAUGACAUUUGAAAUGAGCCAUUU